AUAAGGCCACCUACCCACUAUUUACAAUUUAGAUCAAGGACGGACGAGAGAACAUACAUACAAUACAAUGGCGACUCGCAUGAUCCUCAGGAGAACAAUAAAGAAACGCACCGUUUUGCUCCCUCCAUCUAUUUCCUCCUCCACUUCUCGAAACGGUAGCACUCUUGUUGUGGCGGAGCACGAAAACGGUGUCAUCAAACCCCCAUCUCUCUCCGCACUCCUCGCCGCCACCUCUCUUCCUCCUCCUCCUCACAAAGACGACUCUUCCUCCGUUUCUCUCCUUUUAGCUGGCUCCGGUCCUUCUCUUCAUCAAGCUGCUUCACACGCUGCUGAAUCUUACCCUUCUUACAUCUCUCAGGUGUUGGUGGCGGAUUCAGAUGCAUUCAAGAAGCCGCUGGCAGAACCCUGGGCUAAACUAGUUCAUUUGGUUCACCAGAGAGGUGGUUACUCUCAUAUAAUUGCUGCUUCCAAUUCUUUUGGGAAAAAUCUCAUGCCGCGUGCUGCUGCCCUUUUAGACGUUUCUCCAGUUACUGAUGUUACAGGAAUUUCUGAUUCUCGUACUUUUGUAAGGCCAAUAUAUGCUGGAAAUGCACUUUGUACAGUCCGAUAUACUGGUUCCAGUCCUUGUAUAUUAACAAUUAGAUCCACAUCUUUUCCUGUUUCUCAGAAGUCUGUUGACUCAAAAUCUGAUAAGGCUUCCAUAUCUCAGGUUGAUCUUUCAACGUUUGACGAAGAUCUGGACAAGUCUAGGUAUAUAUCUCAAACUUCUCGGGAGGAUGAAGGACCAGAUCUUGGGAAUGCACGAAUUGUAAUUACUGGAGGUCGUGCACUAAAGAGUGCUGAGAACUUUAAGUUGAUUGAAAAUCUAGCCAAGAAACUUGGUGCUGCUGUCGGCGCCACUCGUGCUGCUGUUGAUGCAGGAUUUGUUGCUAAUGAUCUCCAGGUAGGACAAACUGGAAAGAUUGUUGCUCCCGAACUCUAUAUGGCUUUUGGCGUAUCCGGAGCUAUUCAACAUUUGGCUGGGAUGAGGGAUUCCAAAGUCAUUGUUGCUGUGAACAAUGAUGCUGAUGCUCCUAUAUUUCAGGUUGCCGAUUAUGGACUUGUAGGAGAUUUGUUUGAGGUGAUACCAGAGUUGUUAGAGAAGCUUCCCGAGAAAAAAUAAAAUGUGUUUGCAUGCAUAUGUUUAGAGUGUAUCAUCCUUAGUUGUUGAAUGUAUCAUCCUUAGUUGUUGAAUGUAUCAUCCUUGGAAUUACAAAUUCACAAUAACAUUUGUUUACCUGAAAUAGUAGAAGUGAAGUUUAUAGAUGGAAUGUUUGUUAUUAAUCAAAGCAUGAUUACAUUGUUUA